GCCAAUCCUGGCACCUGUGCGCCGAGCCACUGCACCGAGGAGGACCCCACUCCCGGCGAACCCCAGGCUUGAAGCCACGGACUCCCAGCCCUUGCACAGGGGUUUCUCGUCGGUGGGACCUGCAGCCUCCCACUCCGGCCACCGCCGCCGCCUGCGUCCGCCGAAGCACACUGCACCUCUGAGUAGCCCGCUGCGCCCCAGCCCCCGGGGAUCCUCGUCCAGCGGAGGCGCCGCGGCGGGCAGCGGGUGUUACAGAGUUGGGUCCCUUUCCUGCUCUUCUCUUCUCCGCCCAGGAUUUAUUGUCUGUGGAGCUUUCUGGGGGCGGGGAGGGAGCUGCGCCUCCUCCACCACCGCCGCUGCUGCUGCUGCGGUCGCUAGCGCGGCGCGCAGGGCAGGCGGAGGCCAGGGAGUGGACGCGCUCGUGCCUCCCCCGCCGGCGCUCUGGGCUUCCCCUCAGCGGCUCCCCGCGGGAACCUCACCAGCGGUCCACCUGAAGGGCAUCAGCAUCAUGGUCUAACGUGGCACCUGCCUGGAAUCCCCUCUUUCUCCUCCUCUUCCUCCUCCUCCUCCUUCUCUCCUCCUCCUCCUCCUCCGAGGACUCUCGCCCCUACUCUACUGCGGACCCUCGAACACUUUAAGGAAUAACCCUUAGCAGCUGCACGGCUCACGCUCUCCAGAACCUCAUGGGCAGUUUCUCCCGCCGGCGAUGAUGGAGAAUCUAAUAAGGGGAAGAAAUCCCCCACAAUAUCAGAGAAGUCCUUGUAAAGAGGUCCGUGCAGCACUUCGGAAGAGGCCUGAAGAGGAGUGAGCCCGCUACAUGAAAAAAAUGCAAGUCAAAGUGGUCACAACCUAGAAGUCUGCAGAGACAGGAAUAACUAGCAAUGCAGUGCCUGGAGAUGACCACCAAACGGAAAAUCAUCGGCCGUCUGGUGCCGUGCCGAUGUUUCCGAGGUGAAGAAGAAAUCAUCUCAGUUUUAGAUUACUCCCACUGCAGCCUUCAGCAGGUGCCAAAGGAGGUCUUUAACUUUGAGCGGACAUUAGAGGAGCUUUAUCUAGAUGCCAAUCAAAUUGAAGAGCUACCCAAGCAAUUGUUCAACUGUCAAGCUCUACGAAAACUAAGUAUUCCUGAUAAUGACCUUUCAAGUCUGCCAACCUCAAUUGCUAGUUUAGUUAAUCUUAAAGAACUCGACAUCAGUAAAAAUGGUGUACAAGAAUUCCCAGAAAAUAUAAAGUGCUGUAAGUGUUUAACAAUUAUUGAAGCCAGUGUCAAUCCCAUUUCUAAACUCCCUGAUGGCUUCACUCAGCUUCUAAACCUGACCCAGCUCUACCUGAAUGACGCCUUUCUUGAGUUUCUUCCAGCCAAUUUUGGAAGGCUUGUCAAAUUGCGAAUCUUGGAGCUAAGAGAAAAUCACUUGAAAACUCUACCAAAGUCAAUGCACAAACUGGCCCAGUUGGAAAGACUUGACUUGGGCAAUAAUGAAUUCAGUGAGCUGCCUGAAGUUCUGGAUCAAAUACAAAAUUUAAGGGAGUUAUGGAUGGAUAAUAAUGCAUUACAAGUACUACCUGGGUCUAUAGGGAAGUUAAAGAUGUUGGUAUACCUGGAUAUGUCAAAAAACAGAAUAGAAACCGUUGACAUGGAUAUUUCUGGAUGUGAAGCCCUUGAGGACCUCUUAUUAUCAUCGAAUAUGUUGCAACAGUUACCUGACUCAAUAGGACUGUUGAAAAAACUGACUACUCUAAAAGUAGAUGACAAUCAACUUACAAUGCUGCCCAAUACAAUCGGAAAUUUAUCUUUACUAGAAGAAUUCGACUGUAGCUGUAAUGAACUGGAGUCUCUACCAUCUACUAUUGGCUACCUUCACAGUCUCCGAACAUUAGCAGUUGAUGAAAAUUUCCUUCCAGAAUUACCCAGAGAAAUUGGAAGCUGUAAGAAUGUCACAGUUAUGUCUCUACGCUCCAAUAAGCUGGAAUUUCUUCCUGAAGAAAUUGGACAGAUGCAGAAACUGAGAGUUUUAAAUUUGAGUGAUAACAGAUUGAAGAAUUUACCAUUCUCAUUUACCAAACUUAAAGAGCUUGCAGCUUUGUGGCUUUCUGACAAUCAGUCCAAAGCUCUUAUCCCUUUACAAACGGAAGCCCAUCCAGAAACAAAGCAAAGAGUAUUGACUAACUAUAUGUUUCCCCAGCAACCUCGUGGUGAUGAAGAUUUCCAGUCAGACAGUGACAGCUUUAACCCUACACUGUGGGAAGAGCAGAGACAACAACGCAUGACCGUUGCCUUUGAAUUUGAAGAAAAGAAAGAAGACGAUGAAAACGCUGGGAAAGUUAAGGAUCUCUCCUGCCAAGCCCCCUGGGAAAGGGGCCAGCGUGGGAUUACUCUCCAACCUGCCAGACUGUCUGGCGAUUGCUGCACACCAUGGGCCAGGUGUGAUCAGCAGAUCCAAGAUAUGCCCGUCCCCCAGAAUGACCCACAGCUGGCAUGGGGUUGUAUAAGUGGCCUCCAGCAGGAAAGGAGCAUGUGUACUCCAUUGCCAGUUGCAGCACAAUCUACCACUCUUCCCUCUCUAAGUGGCAGACAGGUUGAAAUAAACCUAAAACGAUAUCCAACUCCUUACCCAGAGGAUUUAAAGAAUAUGGUAAAAUCUGUUCAAAAUCUGGUGGGUAAGCCAAGCCAUGGAGUACGUGUUGAGAAUUCAAAUCCAACUGCUAACACGGAGCAAACUGUGAAAGAAAAAUUUGAACACAAGUGGCCGGUAGCCCCAAAGGAGAUUACAGUGGAGGAUUCUUUUGUUCAUCCAGCUAAUGAAAUGAGGAUUGGGGAGCUUCACCCUUCAUUAGCUGAGACCCCUCUGUACCCACCCAAACUUGUUCUGCUAGGGAAGGACAAAAAAGAAUCAACUGAUGAGUCUGAAGUUGACAAAACUCACUGUCUGAAUAACAGUGUUUCCUCAGGCACUUACUCAGACUACUCGCCUUCCCAGGCUUCCUCAGGAUCCUCUAACACCCGGGUUAAAGUGGGGUCCUUGCAGACAACAGCUAAAGAUGCAGUUCAUAAUUCUUUGUGGGGUAACAGGAUUGCGCAAUCUUUCCCACAGCCUCUGGAUGCAAAGCCAUUGCUCAGCCAGCGAGAGGCUGUUCCCCCAGGGAACCUACCACAGAGACCCGACCGCCUGCCAAUGAGCGAUGCUUUCACUGACAACUGGACUGAUGGAUCCCAUUACGACAACACAGGGUUUGUUUCUGAGGAAACCGCAGCUGAGAAUGCCAACAAUAAUCCUCUCUUGAGUUCCAAGUCUAGAAGCACAUCUUCUCACGGACGCAGGCCUUUAAUCAGGCAGGAUAGGAUUGUUGGUGUUCCCCUGGAACUUGAGCAGUCUACACACAGACACACGCCAGAAACAGAAGUGCCUCCUACCAAUCCUUGGCAGAAUUGGACCAGAACCCCUAGUCCAUUUGAAGACAGGACCGCUUUUCCUUCCAAAUUAGAGACAACCCCCACUACCAGCCCUUUGCCUGAAAGGAAAGACCAUCUGAAAGAAUCUACUGAAAUACCCAGUCCUUUUUCUCCAGGAGUACCAUGGGAGUAUCAUGAUUCCAACCCCAACAGGAGUCUUGGUAAUGUCUUUUCUCAAAUCCACUGCCGCCCAGAUUCUUCUAAAGGUGUUAUUUCAAUUAGCAAAAGCACAGAGAGGCUUUCCCCCCUAAUGAAAGAUAUAAAGUCCAAUAAAUUCAAAAAGUCACAAAGUAUCGAUGAGAUUGACAUUGGCACAUACAAGGUUUAUAACAUACCAUUAGAAAACUAUGCUUCUGGAAGUGAUCACUUAGGAAGCCACGAACGACCCGAUAAACUGUUGGGACCAGAGCAUGGCAUGUCCAGUAUGUCUCGAAGCCAGUCGGUCCCAAUGCUGGAUGACGAGAUGCUCACCUAUGGAAGCAGUAAAGGGCCACAACAGCAAAAAGCUUCUAUGACAAAAAAAGUCUACCAGUUUGACCAAAGCUUCAAUCCUCAAGGAGCAGUGGAAGUCAAAGCGGACAAGAGGAUACCACCCCCUUUUCAGCACAAUUCGGAGUACGUGCCACCGUCCACCAAAAACAUGGCCAAGGAUUUGGUUAGUCCUAGAGCUUACCGAGGAUACCCACCCAUGGAGCAAAUGUUCUCCUUUUCUCAGCCGUCCGUUAAUGAGGAUGCUGUGGUGAAUGCCCAGUUUGCAAGCCAAGGAGCCAGGGCAGGCUUCUUGAGGAGAGCUGACUCCCUGGCAAGCUCCACAGAAAUGGCCAUGUUUAGAAGGGUCAGUGAACCUCACGAGCUGCCACCAAGUGAUAGGUAUGGCAGGCCUCCUUACAGGGGAGGGCUAGAUCGCCAAAGCAGCGUGACAGUGACUGAGUCCCAGUUCCUGAAGAGGAAUGGCAGGUAUGAAGACGAACAUCCUUCCUAUCAAGAAGUGAAAGCUCAGGCGGGAAGUUUUCCAGUUAAAAACCUAACCCAGAGGAGGCCAUUGUCUGCGAGAAGCUACAGUACAGAGAGUUACGGGGCCUCCCAAACCAGGCCAGUUUCAGCUAGGCCAACUAUGGCAGCUCUUUUGGAAAAAAUACCGUCUGACUAUAACUUGGGUAACUAUGGUGACAAGCCAUCAGAUAACAGUGAUAUAAAGACGAGGCCCACCCCUGUGAAGGGAGAGGAGAGCUGUGGUAAAAUGCCUGCAGACUGGAGACAACAGCUGCUUAGACAUAUAGAAGCUAGAAGGUUAGACAGGAAUGCUGCUUACAAACACAACACAGUUAACCUUGGCAUGCUGCCCUAUGGAGGUAUUUCAGCAAUGCAUGCAGGCAGAAGCAUGACUUUAAACUUGCAGACUAAGUCUAAAUUUGAUCAUCAAGAACUACCUCUUCAGAAAACCCCGUCCCAGCAAAGCAACAUUUUAGACAAUGGACAAGAGGAUGUAUCUCCUAGUGGCCAAUGGAAUCCUUAUCCACUUGGGAGGCGGGAUGUACCUCCGGACACCAUUACUAAAAAGGCAGGCAGCCACAUCCAGACUUUGAUGGGGUCCCAAAGCCUGCAGCAUCGCAGCCGGGAGCAGCAGCCAUAUGAAGGAAAUAUAAACAAAGUGACCAUCCAGCAAUUUCAGUCACCAUUGCCUAUUCAGAUCCCCUCUUCACAGGCCACUCGGGGACCUCAGCCUGGACGGUGCUUAAUUCAAACUAAAGGGCAAAGGAGUAUGGAUGGCUAUCCAGAGCAGUUUUGUGUGAGAAUAGAAAAGAAUCCUGGCCUUGGAUUUAGUAUCAGUGGUGGAAUUAGUGGACAAGGAAAUCCAUUCAAACCUUCUGACAAGGGUAUCUUUGUUACUAGGGUUCAGCCUGAUGGGCCAGCCUCCAACCUUUUACAGCCUGGUGAUAAGAUUCUUCAGGCAAAUGGACACAGUUUUGUACAUAUGGAACAUGAAAAGGCUGUAUUACUACUGAAGAGUUUCCAGAACACAGUAGACCUAGUUAUUCAACGUGAGCUUACUGUCUAAAUAUUUUCUAUAAAUAGUGAAGAUAUGUCUAGCCAGACCUAAUGUUCAAAAAGAAAUUUAUACAUAGAAACAAAUUUUGCCAAUUGCUGGACCAAUGGCAAACAUUAGUGCCAAAUGUAUAAUACUAUAUGUUAGCACUGAUCAUCCUUAAAAAUGUUAACUCUACAAAUAUGAUGUUCAUGUGGUUAUGUAUUAGUUCUAACUGUCAGCCUCUGGCUGUGCAUUGGUGCAGUUUUGUUUUUCUUUUUGUUUUUUUUAAUCAAAUAAGUUUCUUCUCAAAGUGGAUUUCAUAUAAUUUCAGAGCACGGAAGCACACACAGCUCUUUAUGAAUUCUGCUCUCCAUCAGAAACACUGCCUCAAAGUUGUAUAUGCCUUUAUAUAGAAAAUACGAACAUAAAGAAUUAUAAUUCCCAUAAAAUAUUUCUAGCACAAGGUAUAUGUUGGCAUAUAUACAAAAAGAAUAUAGAGAAAAACAAUAUUUUCAUAAACUAAACAUCUCGGAUUGAGAAAGAAAUAUAUCUUAAAAUAAGACUUUACUAUAUUGAAUCUUUUUCAAUAAAAAUUCAUGAUAAUGCCUUAUGAAAGUAACUGUACAUAUGGUAUAAAGUGUUUAUAUUUGGUUCCAUAUUCAUUUACUAAAUUCUCAUAACACAGAGUGAAAUAUUUCAUAAAUUCUCCAUUUAUCACUGGGACCUGAAUAAAAAUAGGAAAAACUAAUUUGUUCAAUGCCUUUAGAUAACGACAAUAAAUGCAGAGUUAAAAAACAGACUAAAGGUCAUUGUAGAUAAGUCUUUUUCACCAAAAAUUUAAGCAGUGAAUGAUGGGUGGCAGGAAAAGUAUUGAUUUCUUUCUUUCCAGUUUAUGUUGAUUAUAAACUGUAGCCCCUGUGAUUUCUUUACUUGUAAAUGUGGAAUUUAUUUGUGUGCUGCUUUAUUUUAAUUUGCUACUUUUAAAUCAUUUAAAAUGAGUUUGGGGAAUUGAUAAAAUUUAUCAUUAAGAAAGACUUGUUAGAAAGUUAAUGUUGGGUGAUUUUAAAACUUUGGCAUUAAAUAUGAAACUUCAAAUAUAAUUUCUCAGAGCUGUAGUCUACCUGUAUUAAUUUUAAUGCUGUUUUGUGGACAGAAAUAGAUAAAAUACUUUUUUCCCCAAAGAAUGUAUUAAGGUAUAUUAAAUUAUGAAUAUGCUCUCUAGAGAGUGAUAUAAGCAUAGUUAAUAUAGAAUUAUUUACUUUUACAUUGGAACUGUUUUCCUCUAUAAGAUCAAAAGUCAUCUUAUAAUCCUUUAUAAUAUUUAUUUUUGUUAAUUAUUAAUUUGAUUAAAAUAUGAAUUUGAAAAUUUAGAAUAAUUUCCAAGAAUUGGUUAUAUGUGUUCUCUCUCAUAUUUCUACAUAGCUCUUUAUAGAUAUAUAAUGAAUUUACUUCAUAUGCUAUCGAUUCAAGUAUUCUAUUGGGAUUUUACAAUAGAAUCACAUAUUGAUGUCAUGAGAGCUCUGAGAAUAAUAUUUGUAAGUUAACUGUUUUAUGGGGACACUGAAAAUAUUGUAUUUUUGUAGGGUCUAUUAAAAUGAGUGUCACUUAUUAGAAGUGCAGUGGUAUUUUUUGGCGUAGAACUUGUCACUUGAUGGCAAAUGAUAGUUAAUUUUAUAGAUGGUGCACUAAUUUUGAUGUUGCUUUAUGUCAGGUGACAUGAUUCCAAAAUUUUAUAGGGUUUGACAAUUAGCUGAUUCAAUGAUUGGCUUAUUUGGUAUAUUUCCCAGAAGCAACUUUGAAUGCAUUUUAAAAUAUUGAGUUUUCGAUGAGAAAAUUCUUUCAGAGCCUGAUUCUAUUUGUUAAAACUCAUGCCACAACCACUGUAUCCAAAUACUGUAGGAUGAUCAUCAUUCGUCAAGAUCAAGAUCCCCCUCUGGCCACCCCAGGAUCACUUACAGGAAAACAAACUCAGGAGUGUAGUUUUGUGUCAAGGAAACAUCUCAAAUUGUUCCAACAGUGCUGUUUAAUCUUUAGUGGGAGAGGCAGGAGGAGAGCCCAGUGUGGGACUUCCCCAAGUCUUUUUCUUACAUUAGGUUUCAACAUCAAUCCCAAGGCAUCAGGAGAUACUUCUGAGACACUCAGCUGAGAGGAUCAAGAUCCUAGUAAACACCUGUGCCACUCCUGAUGUGACAACAUUAUCUUAGGCCAAUGCUUUAAUACUUCCUGUUCCACAGUUCAGAAAUGAGGAAAAGAGAAAAGGGACCCCCUGACCAACUGGAAAAGAAAUCUGAUGCCAGAACACCUCAUUGUCAGUUGUACUACCAUGCUGCAUGCAGAGAACAGGCAGGUAAUAAUGAAAAGGGGAUUUUUUUUUUUAGUUGACUGAAUAAUCACAUAAGGAAAAAAACAUCCAAUUAAUCAAUUGAUAGGGAACCAAAACCAAUAAGUCAUUGAUUUUUAAGUAUCAACUUCUUUUUAAUAACUGGCUUGCUGCCUGAAACUUAGAAUCUAAUUUGGGUUAACAACAAUAAAAGUCAAGGGUGUGCCUUUAAAAAAAGAAAAAUCAACAACAAAAAGGAGUGGAAUUCAUAAUGGCCCUUCUUGAUUUUUUUUUUUACUGAUGUUUUUUUGCUGAGGAAGCUGUUUCUAUGUGACAGAUCAGUAAGAUGUAAUGGAGGGAACUGAAAAAGAUUAGAGGUGGAAAGAACAAAUGGUGAAAAUUAUUAGCAGAAUUGUCACAGAGUUUGCAAGACAAAAGGCAUUGGUAGAUGAUUUUUAAAAUAGUACGUUGUCAUAAAAGCUUUCUUAGGAUAAUUCCAGCCCUCUAGAUAACACAAGUUGCCUAAACACACAAUAAUUUCAAAAUGGUUAGUGUAUUAUGACAAAGAAUACCCAAAGUCAGUAUGACACACAAGUAUUUGCAUUGUGCUAAUUUGUUGCUAUUUGAAGCCCAUGGAAAAUAUGUAUCCCAGUGACUUGGAAAUGUAAUAUAUAGAGAUCAAACUAUCUGUAUUGUUUCUGCACCUUACCUUGGAUUACCACCAUCAAGAUGGAAAACAGCUUUGAAGAGGGGGUGACAAGCUAAUAUUGAUCUGUUUUUAAUCUUAAAGGUGAUUGUACACAUAUUACUACUAUAAUUGUUUAUUUUAAGAUAGGACUAAAAUACCUUUUAUUGUGUGAGGUAAAGUAAGAAAAGAUUCAGAGACAAGAAAAUGUUGAAUUUAGAUUUAUGUAUUCAAACAUUACAUGAAAAAUAUCUGAAUUUGCCAUAAUGUUUGGAUAAAAAAAAAACAGAAAAACUUUACUUUUAAUCAUAAAAUUUAUUUAAUAUCUCUACCACGAUUUAGAUCUUUGAAAAAUGCAGUGUACUUACCAAUUUGUCUUUCCAGUGACUUUUAAUGAUAUCCUUGAUCAAUUUCUGCUCCUGGUUGGCACACAAAUCAAGAAUACCUAUUCUGAUAAAUAUACUCUUAUCAAGAGACAAGGAUACAAUAUUACCAGAUAAAAAUCCACAUUGUUAUAAAAAGUUGUCAGUUCAGUCAGACAACACAUUUGACCAAAUAGCAGGUUAAUUGAAAUGCUAGAUGAGCAAAAAGUAAAAAGUUGUGCAGAUAGUGAAAUCCAAUAAGUUAAAAGGGUGGGUCUUUAUCUAGCAUAGGAAAAGCAGGGCUGAGUUCCCAGUAGAGUGUCUCUCACAGAAAUGCUGACUUUCUGAGCUUAAUAAAAUGUUCAAAAACUUGAGUUAGUGAUGUGCCCUCUCUUAUGAUUGUAGCUACCUGAUCAACUGGGAACUGGGGAGAAAGUUCCAGACUCAAGAUCACACAUACAUAAACUUUUUUCCAUUAGUAACACAAGUACUUCCGAUGAAUAAAAGCAUCUCGCUUUGGCUCAGAAGUUUUCCCCAUCACCCAACAAGACUAUAACCCAAAAAUACAUUAUAGAAAGAAAAUAGAAUGUGGAACCAGGCAUGGUGGCAUAGGCCUAUAAUCUCAGUGACUCAGGAGGCUGAAGCAGGAGAAUUGCAAAUUCAAGUUCAGCCUAAGGAACUUAGCAAAACCCUGUCUCAAAAUAAAAAAAUAAAAAGGUCUGGAGAUGUAGCUCAGUGGUAGAAUGCCCCUGGGUUCAAUCCCUAGUACCUCAAAGAAAAAAAAAAGUAGAAUGUGGCUGUGGAAAAAUGGAUGUAUACUAUGGAAAUCAUGUGGGUUAAUAUUAUAGGAGACCCAGCUCUCCCAUGCAUCCUUUUAAACUCCAUUUUGACCUGAACUACUCAGAGUGGGUAUUUUCCAAGACACCCCACUGUACAAAACUAAGGCAGGUGCAAUCGAGUUUUCCAGUUAUAUCCUGAAACAUCUAGGGGCAUUUCUGUUUCUAGAUGCAAAACUGACCUCUCUUCAUUGCUGCUGUUGCCACUGUAGAUCCAUCCCUCCAACCCCAUGCUGCUCAAAGGAAGUGGUGUGCUGUUCUCUUGCUGAAGCAAGCAUAAGUGGCCCCUGUAGAGCUCCAGCUGUUCAGAGACCCUUGAGCAUCAGCUGACAGCUUCAGCUCCCAGUUUGGAAGGAAUUGUCUUAGGUGAUCAUGGAACCUGGAGAAGUGACAGUAACCAAGGCCCAAAGGUGGGGCACUUACUGAGUCACUGACAACCACAUUGCAAAGCUUACAGGCAAGGGUGAGGGUGGGCACUGCCUUAAUAGAACUGUUCCCAUUUUUAUUAUUUAGUUUUUCAUUUAUCUUUUUUUAAAUGUUGGAGUUUGCCAUAUUAAGAGACUUUCUCUGAGCUUUCUAAAAUAAAAUUCAUAAACUUAUUCUAUGUUGAGAGCCCCAGAAGGUCUGUCCUGUGACCACUGCCUUCAAGCAGGCACUCAGGGAGCAAGAGACCAGAAAUGAACUACUCAGAAACAGUAAGUGAACAACAUUCAUUUAGCUGGCGGCUUGUCAUUGCCCCAGGCCUCUCUCCUCACCUUUCACUCCAUCUGCAGAGAAUGGUUUGGAAAGUUUCCUGUAAGGGUUGAGAGUACAAGAAAUUCUACUCAGAAAAUUCAGAAAGUUCUGAUACAAUGAGGGGCAGAGGUUCACUCCAAGUUUUUAUUAAACAUCCUGCAGUGAAAACAGAGGACUGUUGAAUUCCCCCGGCUUUUAACAGUGUGAUUAUCUUAAACUGCCCUGGUAGAAGCCAAAAUAAGGAGAAAUAACUGAGAGAAGGAAAAUCACUUACUUGUUCCAACUUGAGAGGUAUUUCUUCAGUUGGCCAGGUUUCCUGGGUUACAUUCUGUGCAGGACUCCAGCUUGCGGUCUGUGUAACAACAUAGUGACAAGCAAGGUAAGAAAUUGGCCUGGAUAGCAGGCAUGCACAGGGGUUAAAGGUGUCUACAGCUGCAUCGAUUUCUCCCCAAGCUGUCUGCAAAAUGUUCCCUUUUUUGGCCUAAUUUUGUUCACAGCAGCAACCGAAAGUCUAGAAGGUUGUAAACCUGAACAGCAUUUAUAUAGAAAGUAUUAAAAUCCCUUGAUUCCUAUUAGUAUAGCAUUAGAACCAGGCCUGACCCAAAGAAAAGUCAUGAGUCAAGUUUUCAAAAGUGAAUUUAUUUUUUUAAUUCAAAAGUGAGAUUUUUUAAAGCAGGCACAAUUUCCAUUUCUCCUUAAAAAAAAAAGAAAAAAAGAAAAGAAGAAGAAGAAGAAGAAGAAGGCAGCUGUUUUUAUUCUUUAAGGUUAAUCUAAUUUUUGAUGGGUGUUGGGAUUGGUGCUAAGAAGAAAACUUAAGUGACUCUUCCAAAAUUUCCCUAGCUUUAAAAGUAUUUUUCAUUAGUGUUGUACAAGAGUGUUGCUUGUGAUGAUUUUUUUUCCUCCCUUAAAGUUAAAAGAUGAGUUAGCCUAACAGAUAGCCAGGCAUCUCUACACCUAGAGUUAAGUAUCUGGUACAGGGACUUUUAUUUUCAUCAGCAACUUGUGUAUUUUCUCCAUGGGAAAACAUUUUAGUGUAACUGAAUCUCAGAAGCUUGAGGUGUGUCUUUCAUAAAUUGGAAACAUUUGGAGACUUCAUAGACGCAGAUAACAAAAACAUUAAAUGCAAUGAUUAUCAAUAUUAUAAGUAUCUGUUGAGCAUCAACUACCUAUCAGGCACCACAAGGAAGAUCAUGUAGUCUCCUCAUCCCAGGAACCUCACAAAAUUCCAGACAGUACGUGACAAUGCAGUGAGAUCCUUUGUCCUUUGCCCUUAACUCAUCUGUUGGCAAAGGAAUUGGCACCUGUAUCUAGUCAAAUCUGAACGCAGUUGCUCCAUGUGUAGCUGCCAGUAGGGCUCCCUACUGUGUCCUACUGCCUCUGGGAAGCCACCGUGAAUGUUUGCAGGACUUAGGGAAACUGCAUAGAUGGGAUGUGGCCAGUGUGAAUACCUUGUUGGACAAGGUAAAUAGAAACCAGAAUCCCUUUAGCAUCUUGAAGAGAGGCCAUAAUUUUGUCAGUUUGUAAGCCCUAAAGAGGAAAGGGAACACAAUGAGGAAUGGUGCUCCUCAAACUGGCCCAGCGCCAAUUGGGUCUGUGUGCCCUUUACAUGAUGGGAGGAGAUGUGAGUCAAUGCUUGGACAGACUGAGGUGUUGACUGAAAACAUUCUUAUAUGUGCAAUGCCUCUUGUGACCACUGCUUCCUGUAGGCAGACUCUCAACACAGUGGUCUAAUGUUAGCAUGAGCAGCUCAAGAAUGCAGUGGGUUGAACCUUCAUUCAGCUGGCUGCCUUUGAACUUAGGAGUUCACUUGGAGUUGUGAAAGAAAAAUAAGGAUAGAGUAGUUUGGAAGAAGGAAUCCCCAUCCCCUUUUAGCUCUAAAAUUUAACUGCUGCCUCAUGCUGCCUGACAUAGAAAAGAAAAUUCUCAUUGCAAGAUUUCUACCCAAUCCCAUGAAAAUACUAUUUGUAUGAGGUUGGAUCACACCUAUCCAUGUAUCAUAGAUACCUAUUCUUCCAAGAAAAGUUUGAUCCUAGAAUCUGAGUUAUUUUUCCCUCAUGCUAUGUGUACUUAGUGUUUUAGACACAGAGAUCCUUCCCCUUCCCUGUGCUUUUGCAGCUUCUGUCCCCACAAGUUUCUCUACAGGAAAGCUUCCUGUCCUCGUUCCCUUUCUAAUUUAUCAAAGUCAUAUGCAGACUUCAGAUCCAGCUUCAACAGCACUCCAAACAUUAAGCCUUCCCUAGUCUUACUGGAAAGAAUUAUGCAUUAUGAUACUUUGUUUAUUUUGUAGUAUCUUCACAUUCUGCCUGAAAUGACAGCUAUUUUGGUAUUUGUUUUUUCUCUCCUGUCAACUGUAACCUCCUUGAGAGAGGAUCAGACAAUGUUUAACAGAGGCCUUCUGGGGAGAACUUUAGGAGGACACCUUUGCUUCUGCUAACCCUACAUCCUAAUGCUUGUCUUAGUGUCAGAAACAGUAGAUGCUCAAUAUAUAUUUGUGCACUGUUUAAAUGGAUGACAGGCCUCACCCAUAAAUGCAUUUAAUAAAUAUUGAAUUAAACAGGAAACUGAUGUUCAAUUUUCAUCACCUUAAACCAUGAACCUUGUAUCUUCUCAGUUCAUUCACCAUUCCUAGUUUUGAAAACAAAAACAAAAAAAAAAAAACUCUUUUAACCUGAUCUUCCUUCUCUCCUUGGCAUUUCUUCUAAAAACUCUUAGGUCUUUUGUGAUAUAUCAGAAAUUAUUUUUAAUUUCCCUCUUAUGUGUUCUAAGCACCUAACCCUGUCUAAAACAUUUAAGAAGUGGCUUGUGUUCACUAAAUUGGAGCAUAUCGUAUCUAUUCUUUGAAUUUGUUUCAUUUCUCUUCUGGGAAGAAUUCAUGCAUAUAGUUGUCAGAAAUAUCUUAGAGGAUGAAUGCAUGAGGCUGAACUCAGAAGGCCAUGAUUUUGGCAUUUUAGAGAUAAUCAAACCCAGUUCCCUCAUUUUACCAAGAGUCCCCAAGGCCCUGAAGACUAUUAAACUAAGGAGGUUAAGUCUGGUUUUGCACCCUUUUUAACCAUUCUUUGUACAUUGCCACUGGUAUAUUACUUUGACUAAGCGAUUUUCACAAGUUGGAGGUGGGGAGAAGAGUAUAUGGAGUUGUGAAAGAAAAAUAGGGGUAGGGUAGUUUGGAAGAAGGAAUCCCUAUUCCCUUUUAGCUCUGAAAUUUAACUGCUUCCUCAUGCUGCCUGUUACAGAGUAAAGAAGAGUAAAAAAUUGUCUCUGCAUAGGCCUUUGGCCACAGCUGAGCAUGACAGUGUCUACACCCUGCAUUUUAGCAUCAUUUCAUGGAUGGAUCCCACCUCCUGUAUCCCUAUAGUGAAAAUGUGAUAAGUUCCAGGUAAAUUUCUCAGGCGACUGCAAAAACUACAGAAUUGCUGUGAUUAGACCUGGGGGUUGCAGACUGGGUGGAUCCAUCCUAGUGGUAGAGCAUUGCUUGGCAUGCCUGAGGCCCUGGGUUGAAUCCCCAGCACCAUUCCACCUUCCCCUCAAAUUGGUAUGAUUGACUAUUCAGAUAGACCAUACACACACACUCCCCCCCCAAAAAAACAAGAUCAUAUUGAUUAAACCAUCUCCCCCCAAUUUUUAUAAGGAUCAUAAUUUGGCCUGUUGAUCACAAAGGAGAAUGAGAACAUGUUUAAGUUGUCAUGAACAGUGGCUUUGUUAGAUUUUUUCCUUCACAGGACAAAAAGUGGAAUUCAGCCCCUUAAAAGAAAAAUUGUGUCUUAGUACAAUGAGCCCCAAGUUGGUGAGUUCCUAACUCCUAACCAUGGUCACUUUAUUGCUCAUAAAAACCUGAUUUCCUUGCAAACAAAACAUUGCUGUCUUAGCUUCUUUCAAAAAUAUGUCCCAUGUUUUUCUCUUUGUGCUUCAUAGUAAAUUGAUUCCAGAACUGAGUAUUCCCAUACAUCAAAUCUUUGUUGUCUAUUAUUUUGCUUAUAAAACUAAUACUAAUUACUGUCAUCCUGCCUCUGCUUUUCACGUGCCUUUUUAUAAGGAGAACUUGCUAGCUCUCUGUUUUGGCUAAUUAUCUUCUUUUCAUGAAAUUUUUGGAUUUAGAAAGAUCUAGAGGUCAUAAGUCUCUCUUAGAGGAAACUUCCAUCAUUGUCUUCUUUGACAGUCUGCUGCCUCAGACUAUCCAAGGUCUUACUGUUUGGUCUGAUAGGCCAGUGUCAGUAUAUUUGCAUGAGAAAGGAAUGCCAAGUCUGCUUGAACAAAAAUGAUAUGAAAAAUGAAAUGGAAAAAUGAAAUAUUAAUUGAAAGAAUGAUGCUAUCUUAGGAUAGUAACGGGGAAAGAGUAGUGGAGAAGAGUAAGAGUACUUUAGUAUUUUAAGUAAAAGAAUUUUUGAAUAGUAACUAAGAGUAAGAGCAGAUGAGGACUGGGUAGGGGAAAUUAAAUUAUUACAGGAGCAAGAAUGAGCAAAGGCAAAGAGAGAUAGAAGAUUGGUAAAGAAGAAUGAAAGAAACAGAAUGAAAGAAAUCAGAUUCCAGCAUCUCCUUUGGUCUCUUGACAUUGGUACCCCUACUUCAUACAUCCCUGGAUUCCCUUCCUCUCUCUCACCCUCUCCUUUCUUCUGGCUGAAAGAGUGAUGCUUCAGCUCUUCCAGGUGUCAAUUCAACACAAAAAAAUAAUUCAUCUAUUAUAAAUAUAUUUAGUUUAAUUGCUAUGCAUUUCUAGGAGCUGUUUUUGCAAUGUAUUGGUAACUUUUCUAGUCAUGCAUCUUCUCAGAACAAGUAAAAUCACUACAACUUAUCUCAUUAAAAGUUGUCAGAGUUGAGCUGGGGAUAUAGCUCAGUUGGUAGAGUGCCUGUCUCACAUGCACAAGGCCCUGGGUUCAAUCCCCAGCACCAAAAAAAAAAAAAAAAAGGAAACAAAGUCUAAUAUCAGACAAUAUUGAUAUAUGUAAAAUUUUGUGGAGAAAUGAAAUAUAUUAUUGUCUUGUCCUAAGACUGACUGAAAAGGAUCUUGAGAGGUUCUGACUCCUUUGUCUCCCUCCCUUCAGGAAAGAGUUAAUGCUAUUUAUAUAAAUUCCUCCAGGGGCUACAAAGUCUGAUAAAAUUGAUAAAGCAACAAAUCAUGUAUUUCAAUCCAAUAAAACCCUCAGUUUAAAUUACUGAGUUCAAACCUUCAUAAACUACACCCACAUACAUAUAAUCAGACACAUCCACAUACUUUUUAAGGAACUUAUCUCUGCAGUGAAAAAGAUCCACCACUAGAUGGCGGCAUUAUAUGUUGAUUUUAUUACCUGCGCCUUGGCAUUUCAACUCCCUUGUAGACGGUUGGACUAAUGCAAACACCCCUUUUCAUACUCUUUUGAGAGAAUUAAUUUGAAACUAUACUGUAAACAUGAGAAAAAUAAAAGAGCUUUGAGUUUAUUUUAAGUGGUUUCAGUGAUAUUUGACUAAAUCGCUAUAGUGGCAUCAAACACCCAGGACAUCAACUCUGUUCUCUCUCUAAGCUUUAGAUGAGUGUGUGUUUUAAGGUUUCAUGUUUCUUAAUGGUUCAAUUUAAUUAUCACAUUCAUACAUUUAAUAGGUCUCCAACUUGCUUUUGCUUCUCCAAGUCUUUGUGUUGAUUGCCCAUUAUUUAAUCCACACUUCCUACAGGUAUGCUAAGUCCAAAUAUGUGGGAAUAUAUUUGCUAUAAAUUGCUUAAAAUUUAAAUGAGCCCUACAAAAACUAAACAUCAAGAACUAAGCUUACCUAGAAUAACCUUUAUAUAAUUCUAAAACUAAUCCAUCUGAAUAUGUGUGUAUCUGUUUAGCUUUAUUUUCAGCAGGCAUCUGGUGGUAACGAGGCAUCUGCUAUAAACUGAUAAUUUUUCAUUAUAUCUAUCUGCACAAGGAAUGAGAAUAAUAUUAUAAUCAGAUUUUAAAAUUAUGAACUGAAUAAGCAAUGUAUUUCAAAAAGUAUCUCAAGGCAAAAACCAGAUUCCAGGGAUAGCUUACAGUAUCCCCAAGCCGCUCUUCUUUUGGCUACAUUGACUGGAUGUCAAAGGCACAGAGCCUUGGCAGCCUGGGUGACACAUAUCCUCAGGCUAUUUUGGUUCUUAGGUAUUUGGAAUUUCAGGGCCUCUGAUGGCUGGAUCAUUGUUAAAGAAGCUAAAUGCUUCUGCUUACUUCUUCUAAGCUAAUUAUAUCUUCACUCUUCCAGUUCACUAGCACCCGUGGCUGGGCUUCUCCUCUGCUAAUCCCAUCAAAACCCUACUUAUUUGUGCAUAUAUAGUAUUUUUCUGCCAACCACUUAAUAUUUUUUUUCUUCCAACUGAAAACAAAAGCAGAAGGAAUACAAGAUGUUCCUCCCUGAAGUUUUAUGUAAAAUUCAAUACCCGGGCAUUUUCCUCCAAAGGAAAUUGUUUCUUCUAGCCACAUGAUCACCAGCUCAGCUACUAGGCUCUUUCUUAGCAAAUUGGACUCAACUUUCUCAGGUGAGUGGUGUUUAUAACUUUGUUACCUUGAACCAACCACCUUGGGAUAUGCUUCCUCUCUUUUCAGAAUCUCCUGAACAAAUUUAACUUAUACACAAUAUUGCUGCAGAUCUUAGAGCAAUUAUAGCAGGUGUCUGUCAUGGGUCUGUUCUUUUGAACACAGCAUUUGGCAUUUUUUAUUUGUUUUAUUUUCUAUUUCAUUGUCAGGCUUCCAUAAGCUUUUGAUAGAUUUAGUCAGAGAACUAAAUAUGAGAAUGAAAAUUAGGAAGAAUUUUACUGAGAAUGAUGAGAAAACUCCUUGUAAAGUUUCUAGGUACUCCAAUAGUUCUUUGUGCUUUUCUGCUGGUAUUAUACUACCUCUAUAUUUUUGGUAUCAGAUAUUACCUACAGUAUUUUUUCUCCUUGGUCAUAUAUGGUUAGUUUUUUGUGCCUGGGAGCAGUGCUUCCUACCCAAUGGCUAGCAUAGUUCCCUCUUGUGCUGAUAAUGAUCCCCUUGGAGCCUGAGAGCUUAUGACUUAUUGCUUUCACUUUCCUACACAUCUGUGCUCCAUAAUGCUGCACAAACAUUGUCAUUUUCUCUUUGUUCCAUGAUGUGAAGAGGUCAGAAGCUUUGCUUUUAGGCAGAACAAACAGGAACAUCGCUGAGGUUGGGUUAGGUAGGGCCUUCAGCAGCUGUGGUGAAGCUAUCAAAUACAUUAAACCCUUUAAAACCUUUCCUGUCCCAAGGUGCUGACUGUCCAGUUGUGUCACUUCCCUUAGGGAUAAGUGAAUGAUCGCCAUAAGCAAGACUUAACUUUAUUGGUGUUCAAUAAGCCAGAAUUCCCUAAAAGAAAGAUGUUAGGUUGUGGGCAAGUCUCAUUCUCCAAACUGGAUUUCUCCUGUGUUAUCAUUAUGUAAACUGUUUCUAACUUGUAACACAUUUCUUUACUGGCUGUUCUUUGGUUUAUUUCAAACCAGCUAUCUCUGAUAGCAAAUUUGGAACAUAAUUCUUCAGCCAAACUUUUGGGAUCAUUUGCCUUGGCAAUAUUUUUGUACUUGAUAGGAUUUCAAGGUCUCCUUAUGAUCAAAGCAUAUUUCUCUAGGAGGCCAGCACUCUGGUAUAUUCUUUAUAAACCCACAGACACAGUUAAUGACAUUGCAGAUCUAUGUGGUCAUUUCCCAGAGGAGUUCAAACUUGAGAAAAUCUCUCUCUCCUCCCCCUGAUUCUCUUUGUACACACACACACACACAAACACACACCUCUCUCUCUCUCUCAAUAUCAAAUCUCUCCCCUUUUCUCAUUUCUGCAUAUUUCCUAAAAAUCAUAGUUGCUAUCUAUGUAACCUAGGGCUCUAGAUCAUAAGAAACUACUCAAAGGUAAGGGACUAUUUCUUUUUUCCCUUUUUUACUUUCCAUGAAUAUUCCCAACAUGCUCACCUACACCUUAUAUUAUUUGUGUUUUGAAAAUUCCCCAGACCUGCUGGUGUGAACAGAUGUAGCUUAGGGAGGUGGCAUUUCUGGGGAUUGAACCCAGGGCCUUGGGCAUGCUUAGCCUGCAGGUGCUCUGCCACUGAGCACCCACAGGUCCUAGAGAGGUGUUUAAAUGGUUCUCAGCUAAGGCAGACUCUGGACCAUCUUAGGUUUGUCUUUAGUAUUUAUUCUCCUUAAAAAAAAAAAUCAGUGAUUUUAAAAGCAUAUAUUUUUCUUGCUGUCCAGUUUAAUCAACAAAUGUUAAUGAGAAAAGGAUUAUGUUCAAAGUCAACUAUGAGAACAAUGAACUAUAAAUACCAAUAAACCAUUAUCUCUUCUUCAAGAUACACAGUCUAGUGGUAAGACAGACAUAUGAAAAGUCUAAUAAAUAUAAGAAGAAAAUAGGGAGCACAGAACAAUGUAUUGUCAUUUUCUCUCACAGUCUAAUAAAAUGGCAAAUGUUUCUGUUUGGCUUUACUGUGGAUAAGAAACAUUUUUCUGUUCCCAGGUUUUGUCUAUGUACACACACACACACACACACACACACACACACACACACACACACACAAUUUUUUUCCUCAAACAGGACAAGUCUCAGAUGACAGUGGAGACAUAAAGAACUGCAGUCUCAUCUGGAAUAAAUCCUACAGGGGAGGAGUAGUCAUAGACCAGCAAAGCUUUAGCUUUCCACUUGCCUUUGACUUUGUCCAUCCAGUGGGAUGCCCUGUAGGGGUCAAAGUCAGAGGACGUGCAGGAAUCACCGGCAGCUCCUCUUCCCUGGAGUAAGGACACUGAAGACCCAGUAUGUAACUCAAGGUUUGAUAACAAAGGCUAAUGUUCAGAUGGCAGGGAUUAAUUUGAGAAAAGGAAAGAAUAGAAGUUAACCUUUGGUGUCUCUUGAUGUCUUUGCUUUAAAAGAAUCAUUUGUGUGUUAAACACCAAAUUAAAAUUGUAUGGACUUUUGAUAGACUUGCAUAUCAUAAACACUUAUCAUGUACCUAAAUAUAAAAAAAAUAACACUUCUUACUGUUAGCAAACACAUGAGGUGGAGACUUUGUAUUAAAGUACAGAAUGGGAACUAUAGAAACUUGAACAACACCUAAGAUAAAAUUUUCUAGUGAAUAAAGUACAGAGCACCUGGAACAAGGUAGACACAGAUCACGUCUGAUGCAUGUCACUUAGGUGAAUGGCUGAAAUGGCCACAUGGCCCACUACACCAGAUCUUCUUGGUAACUCUGUGUAUGUGAUAUAGCAGAGAAUCACUUCAAUGACCUCAGAGAAAAAGCAUAAUUCAAAUUGUUUUAAAAAAUUGAAGCAGCAGAAUUUUAAUUCUUAGUAACUUAUAGGGUUUGUAGAAUGAAUAGAUGUGCUAAAAUUAUUAAAUACUUUCCCUGGAGAAGUUCAAGUUUGUCCAAGGUAUUAUCUGUUAGUGAGAGGAUCAGUGGACAGCCACAACAAAAACUGCUCAGUCUUUAAUUCAGUCCUGAUCGGCUAGGCUUCCUCCAGGUAUCAGCUGGCUGAUUUUAGACCAUAGGGAGCUGGGCAGUGUUGCAUCCCAACAACUAGGGAGGCUAAAGCAGGAGGAUCACAAGUUUAAGGCCAGCCUGAGCAACGUAAUAAGGCCCAAAGCAAUCUAGCGAGACCCUGUCUUGAAGUAAAAAAAGGACUGGGGGUCAGCUCAGUGGUAGAAUACCCCGGGUUCAAUCCCCUGUACUACAAAAACAAAGAGACCAUAUAGAUAUGAAAAGCAGACAUCUCUCUGUCCUAUCACAAAUUCAAAAGAAUAGCCACUUAUGAAGAACCCCUUGUGUUUCACUAUCCUAUCUCAGGAAGAGAUCUGUUUACCUGUCCUUUAUAAAAAAACAAGGCUUCAUGUAGCAAUCAAGAUUGGUCUUGCAUCAGGUUAUUUCUACCUGCCCAAAAAAAAAAAAAAAAAAAAAAAUCCACAAGUUUGGAAGUCUCCAAUCCUGAAAAUUAUUGGAAUAUUGAUAUAAGAAAUUUGCUUAGCAUACGCAAGACCACUAUGCAACACUGCCCAGCUCCCAUCUGUUUAGAGUCCUACACAUAUUAUCAAGUUUGCCUCCAAACUAUAAGUGUUAGAAAAUUCACUUUAUUGGAUUUCAGAAUUCUGUUAAGUACUCUUGGAAGGAAAGAAACUAAUGGGCUUUUGACAUUUCAAGAAGUCACUGUUGAGAUUAUUAAAGGCUUCAGUAAGGAACUCUAACAAAUAGAUCAGGAAGUCAUUAGUAAGAAAACAUUUCUAGUGAAAUCUGCCCAGUGUAUUUCUUGCAGAAAAGCCUACUUUACUCAAACCAUUUGCCAUUAGAUGUACCCUAAAGAUAAUUACCCAAUACUGGUUUGUCUCCUGCUUCCUGAACUCCUGAGCACCGUAGUAAGGCCCUAAGCAAUGCAGCCCUAUCCAUUGUCCAGGUGAGUGUUAUGUUUCUAGUUUUUUAAAAUUUUUCCUUCAUGUUUGAGGGAAGAGGAAGACUUCAGGUAAAGGGUGUCACUAAUACUAGCUCUCAAGGAAGGGUCAAGUCAUCCAUCGACAGUGUGACCUUUCCUUGUCUCCUCAGAAAAAACUACAUUUCAAUGUAGGCUAUGUCUAAAGCAAUAGGAAUAAGGCAUUAAAUAAAGAAUUUUAGCAGAUAGCCUUUUGGAAGUUUGGUGGAAGAGGGUGCAGUCUCCUCGGAGCCUCAGCAAAUACAACAUGCAAGUAGUUCUAGGAUAAGGCUAAAACUCUAAAUCCCUGUAAAGAUUUUCCUGGACAGUCUGGUUUGAUCAGUUUACCAUGAGGUCCAGAAUGACAAAGAGGGAACAAAGGGAGGACUCCUAUCAAGUGAAAUAAUCAUUCCUUAAAAAGAAAUUAAGUUCUUGGUUACUUAUGACAGUUGCCUUGUUGGGGAGGGGAGCUAUAUAUUUGUAAAUUAUAUAUUUUUGUUGUUGUACUUUGUUUCUGAGUACUUGGAAUUAUGCUUCAGCAAUAAAAUAUUAGGUGUGCAAUAAUCUUGUCAGCUAGUGUGUGCUAGGAUUAGAGUUGUUACAGAAGGCUGCUUUUGUUUAUCAAGUCUUCCCAAAGGACAUAUAUGAUCAUACACUUAAUUUAACAUUUGGGCUUAAGAGCUUAACCUUAUCAGGGAUGGAACUGUAUUUUACAAAGUUCCCUUUAUAGGCAACAUGAAUAUUCCUUUCUCCUGGCAUUCCGUACAUCUGCUCCUAGGAACAGCAACCAGCCAAGUCAUUUUGUCCAUUUUUGUUGAACUGGAUACAUGAGGAACACCCUGUUUCUUUAAAUCCCAAAUGCUCAAUUGUAGAAACCAACUCCCUAUCAAUUUUUUCCACGUUUAAUCCUUCAUGUCCCAUCAUAUAUUCAUUUUCCUGCAUUGGUUCCCAUGGCAACAAGUCUGUUGGCAAAGAAAGUGUGACUCUGCUUUUAGCCUUCUGCACAAUGCAAAAUCCUUCUCAGGCAACUGUCGGUAAUCAGGCAGGAGACUACAGUUCCCUUGCUAAUGCCAAAAAUCUCCUCCCCUCCUGUGUGCAUUUCCCAUCCUAUCCCUAAACCAGGCUCACUGGCCCAGAAGAAAAGAUAGCAUACACAAGCAUUGCCCAGAAUUCCUUCAACUACUGAUACAAAUAUUCAGAUCUCCCAUUGAACCACAGAUGCGAGGAUUUAACCUUUUUAUUCAGAUGGCUUUCUUCUCCAAAAGUGUCAGUGAUUAAUGCAUAAUUAAUGACAAACCACUGGGGUCAACAUGGAAAAGCAAGUUUCACUCAUUUUUCUAUAAGAAUAUCCUCAAUAUGCAUCUGACAUAUAGCCCAGGGAAUAAGUUAUAUCCUGAACUGAGCCUUGAAUCAGUAUCAAAUGACAGGACAGUGGGGACAUUUAAGUAUUUUCUCCUAGGAUUAGUUAAAUGGCACCAGAUGGGAGAUCAAGAAAUUAUUCCAGAGUCUUGAGCUACUGGAGAGAGAAAUAACAAAGAUGUAGGUAAGGAAAGAGGACACUGUAACUGGUGGCUUCAUGUGAGCAAGGGAGCUUCAGUUGGGAUAAUUCAGUGUUCAAGUAUGAAAAAGGUAAGAAACUUAAGGAAAUGGAGGAUGGAGAUAGAGAAGAGAAUGGGAGCCUGAAAAGAAUAAUAACUUCAUUCAGACUUUGGCUCAACUCCAUCUAUAAAAUAUUUUUGCUAGUAAUGUUUCUCUUAAUAGAUUAUGUUUUAAACUUUAGAAUUCCAUCAUUGCUUGGCACUAGUAACCCCAAACUCCUAUGUCCUCAACAUUUAGAAAAAAACAGGAAGUUUGUCAGAAAUUGAAUAAGAUUUAUUUAAAUGUGUGUAUAGAUUUUUUUUCCCUAAAGUUGAUCAAUUCAGGGGAAUGAAAAUAUAUGUUAGAAAUAAAAAAAUGUAGUUAUCUCAGUUAUAGUUAUGGAAAUUAGCAAUGUAAAUGAUCCCCUUUUGCCGAGUCUUAUAAAAUGCGAUACUUAAGCACAGUGAGUUUUAAAGUUAGCUGCAUAUAUUGUACAAAGCUAUUUUUGGCUCUUUAUAGGUUAUUUUCCUACAUUAAGAAAAGUUUUCUUAUAAUAAAAACUUGUUGUGACUCAGGUUUUGUGUCUAUGCAUAGACACGUAUACAUAGGAGGGUUUUUCUUUGCUCAUUUGUUUUGCACAGCUGAAGUAAUGAGGUUAAAUAAUGCCUAAGUAUGCAGGUCAGUUGACCUUUAAGAGAGCCGGAUUAAGGAAAGCAUUUGACAAAUGGACAAAAAAAAUCACAUUGUAUUUCCUGUAUCUCUCUAUCCCUCUUGCACUGUCCUAGCUCUCUACUGAAGAAUCUCUCAUUUAGUCAGGAAAUCCAAGAUGAAACUCUCAGGCAGAAAGAAUAUAAAGCAGUUCCCAUACUUGCUAGAAAAGUUAAUUUAUUUUCAGAAUGUACUAUUGAAAUAAGUUAUUUUCAAUACUGGUCUUUCCACCCAAGAAGACUCUUACUGGUCUUGAAUGUGGGAAAGGCAUCUGAUUCAGGUCAGAAACAAUGUUUUCUGUUGUUUUGCUCGUAAGAAUUUAGUUUUAGCUUUGAUGACACCUAGUGUCAAUGGAAUGCAAUAAAUCUUUAAUACUUCUGCUCGAUGAUGAUUAGGCAUUUCUCUUUAACAGUUUUCCUCCUGUAAAAUGCAAAGCCUUAUUAUUUUGUUUGGAAUGAAGAGAAAGAUAAUUGAGAGAUCAACCUCAUAUAUUUUGAUUGAGGAACCAAUAAAGUUUCUCUUUGUAUACAUUGUAUAGAAGGGACUAAAGGAAGCUUAGGGAUGGUAACAUUGUCUACAUGAGGAGGAGGAAUUUUUUCCCCAAGUUCAAUAUAGAAAAUCAGAGGUAAAUCUACAGAAUUCUGCUCAAAGAUUAUCACAAAUGAUCUUGUAAAAGUUUACUGCAAGAUUACUGUAGAUUAUUGCGUAUAUAGUGUUAUUUUUUCCAUUUUACCACCACCCAAGGGCACCCCUCACCGAACUGGAUAUAUGUAAAUCAUAAUAUGAACCAUGGUCUCAUUCUAUUCAGAGAAGAAAUAUUAAAUUAACAGAAGUGAUUCUGAAGGAUAACAGUGGUAAGUUUUCAAAUGAUUCGUUAAUAAGUAAAAAAGGUACUCUAUAUAUUGUUUUGAAGUUAAGUAUAAAAUUCUUUAUUUUUUGAACUAUAAUUAAUUUCUUUUGACCUCUGUUAUUUUGGGGCAUAAUGCUUUUAUUAUUCUAUAAAGUUCUAAUUUCAGUUAUAUAAAUUAAUAUUUUCAUAUGUGCCAAAUACAAACACAAAUUUUUCAUUUGAGGUCAUAUUAAUCAGUUAGUGAAAUAUUUCACUCUCUUGUAAGUUUAAGAAAAAUUCCUAGGCAGUGAUUCAACUUUGAGUCAUUAUUUUAGUAAAAUGAAGACAGUCUCUAGAGUCAUAUUCUUUUAUAAUAUCUGACUUCACUACCAUAUGUGCAGCACAACAGUGACAUCUUAAGGCCAAGUAACCAGAGUUCCUUUAGUCAGAGAAAGAACUUGAAUUGGGAUCUGAUUUCAAAGAAAUUCCAUUAUGUUAACAAGUAGUUUUCAAGUUUACAAUAUGCAAUUAGUAGAUAAAGUGCUUCUUAUGACUUCUUUUGCAGUCUUUGUGAACAUUUUAAUGUGCAUUAGUAAACGCUGACAUUUUACAUAGACAUACUGUAUAUUAAUGCAUGCAUUUCACUGCAUCAUUUACUGAUACUCCCCUUGUAAAGCUUUUAUGGAAGAACCAACAGGCCACAGCAGUAUAGCAAAAGAGGCUUAAUCUUUAUAAAUUGGGGCCUUUUCUGUCUCUUUGCUAGCCUAGGUGGCUGUAUACAAAUUCGGGUGGGAGGGGGCAGGAAACACCUCUUAACAUUUAAGAUUUUCUACUUGGGUAUAUGCUAGUCAACUCCAAACAAAUUGCUUACUUUAAUAAAGAAAGUUUUAACAUUUUAUAAAAAAAAUCAAAUCAUGACAUGUUUAAUUGAAAUGGCUGUAUUGUAAUUAAUAUUUUGAGAUAAUUGUGAUUUUGAGCUUAAAAUUAUAUAUAAAAAUUGUCAUUUUUGUAUGUGUUAAAAGGACUAUUGUAUCAUGAUUAACAGUACUUUUUAGUUGGACAACAUUGAUGUAAAUAAAACUGAAUGAGAACAUAUUUACUACUUUAUUAACAUAGAUUGUGAAUGUACUUAAUGGUUUUUUUUUGCAGUAUGAGACCAUAACAACCUUGAAAACCGCUUCAUUUUCCGUGCAAAGAAGUCCUAUGAAUCUAUAUUUUAAAUUUACUGAAUCAGUGAAAUGACUUUGUAGGUUAAUUUGCAAAUGCAAGCUGUAUUCUCCAGUUUUACUUUAUGUAUUGACACUAAUUGGUAAAGGUGUACAAUGUGAUUAGAAUGCAUUUUGAAGAUGCUUUCUGUACAGAUAUAAAAUACAGGGACUAAAAUAAUGCUGUGCAGUGUAUAGCAGAGCCAUUUUUCGGCUUUGGUGUACUCAACUUUUUCAGUAUUUAAAAAAAGUGUUUUGAAUAACAUAAAAGUCUCUUUAUUGUAUAAAUAAUAAAAUGUCACCUUAUUGUAAA